UUCCAAAAACAUGCAAAUUUAAUUCCAAGUAGACUCCAGCACCCCCCGCGACCUUCGUGGGGGUGAGCGGUAGAAAACGAAUGUUGAAUACUCUUGUACUAUAAUUGUAAUGAGCUCCGGAAGUACCUCGGCUGUUCCCACAAGAGCUUCCCAUCGGAGCAUAUCGACAUCACGUCAUGUUACAAAAACAAUGUAAAACUAAGCAAAACACGGCGUACACACAUAAAGAGAGCGCGGUUAAAAGCUUAACUUUUUCGGUUCGAUGGUCCGUUACCUGUUAAAGUAUGUUCGCCCAACGAACCAUGUUAGCUGAGCAAUUUGGUGGCUAGCAAACAUAGCUAAAGUUAGCUUACGCACAACAGAAUAGCGGUGACAUUAAAAAACAACACCCAGCGUAUUUGAAGGAAGACGGGGUCGCUAUUAGUUUAAAAAUUGCAAGUGCUGUACUUACCGAUGUAUUGUCGUCCAUAUAACUUGCCGUGUUUCGAUACCUUCGGGCUGUUGUGUUGCCGGAAACUGUACCAUAGACCUCUCAUAACUCCACCCCUUUGGCCGCGAAGGGGGCACGUCAUGACGGUCUACGUCACCAAGCUUAAGCGCUGGACUUAAGCAUUUAUUUAUGUAAGCGAUUAAAUGAUUUUCAGAGGUUUUACUAAGUUAGUAAACUGUAUUAUUGUUAUAUUUAAUAAGGCUCUGGGUCAUUUUCUGAGUGUAGUGUUUUGUACAUCAUUCUAAUCGGUCAGAUCCGUUCGACAACCAUUUGUUUACGUUUUAUUCUGAAGCAGUGCGUUGCGGUGUGUGGAAUGCAUUGGAACAUUUUGCUCUUUAUGGAAAAGUGGUUGGCUCUUAAAAGAGCCGUUGUGGUGAAUCUACUGCAGAUUUGCAGCGAUUUCUCGGCGAAAGUUGAGAUAGAGCGUCUCAUUUCCCCUCUCGUUGAGAUGGCAACCGUCGGCAAGCAAGUCGUGGACAGAGACGUUCGAGUGCGGGAUGCGCUUCAUGCCGCGUUGUCGUAGGAAGCCGCCAAGGACUCGGUUAAUCCUUUUCCUCGCAUUGUCCAGUCCACGUCCUGUGGGUGCCGUCUGGUAACGCCAGUUCCAACGAGGCAAGAUAUCCGAAAACAUCACCACCGUGCCGGGUAGCAAGUGGAUGAUGUAGUCGAGAUCCGCCAUCAUUUUAAGGAGAAGCCGGCGGCAAUUUUGGCCGCCGAAGCCAAAACUAUUGCCGCCAAGGUGGAUGAGCAGCAACUGUGGAGGUGUCGCUCCCGUUUGCAGCUUCUGGUGUAUAAAAGGCACCAGAUGCUCCCACCUCCUGCCGCCUUGUCCAUGCCAGGUGACUUGGCAAGGGAGGCCGAAAUUCGGAUCUCGGCGGUGCAGCCUGACGUGUCUUUCCAGCCGGGUCACAAUGGAGCUGCCGAUGAGCCACAACGUUGUCCUCUGCGUCCCGUUCAUCGUUAUGCCGAUAGUCGCACUUGCAGCUUAUUUAUACAGUGAGCACGCAAUGCCAUUGGUUAGUUUUCCCUCCGUUCGUCCACGUAAACAUUGUUUGGUUUAAUUCAAUUUCAAAUUACAUUCAUUCCGCCAAUAGCUGAUCGAUUGAUAGGUGAGUGAGGCAUGAUUGGUCAAUUUAAAAAAUAUUGACCCGCCCAACUUUCACAUUACAUUCAAUCAGACGAUCGCUGAUAGGUUGUUUGUUUGGUGACUUACGAUUGGUCAUUUAUCCAAAGGCGGAGCCUGACAGGUUGGUUUUGUGAGCUACGAUUGGUCAGUUCUUCCACGGUGUGGUGCACGGUGCUAUAAAUGCUGCUUCGCGUGCCCGCUUCCCCCCCUUUCUGCUCGAGCGAACAGAAAACUUUUCGAGAGAACGCUUUUUGCAUUGCCUCAGACAAAGACAAAGACAAAGACGAAGGACCUACAUUCGACGGAAACUGCAGUUUGCCGUUGUGUUGGACUUCAUCUGCUGACAUAGAGAUGCCACGAAAGAAGGGUUUCCGUAUGCGACGCACACCCAAGGCUACCCAAGCUGUUGACUGUGCAGUUGCAACAAAAGGUAGGGAAGAAGUAUCUUCACUGUCACCGGUGGAGGUACCAACAGGUGGGUUACAAAAGGUGGUCAAAGGGUCAUUUCAUCAAGGCAAUACAAGGUUUAAGUAUGCAGGAACACAGUGUAUGGCGAUUGCCUUUUGUGCCACUGCUUUACACAGUAUUAAAAAUGUCUUGUUGUGGGAUACUGCUGAUCUUGACAUGGCUGUUGUUGAAGGUGAUCAGUUGUAUGCUACUCUAAGGGAACGUCACGUAAUUAGUCACCCAUCCCACUUUUUGUGUGCCACAGAAUUGCCCAAACAGGAGGUGAUUGCUGGACACAAAUUUGAGUUUUGUGUGAAGGAUGAUUAUGCUUUAGGUGAUGUCAAUGUAGUUUCCAGCUAUUAUAUUGAAAACGGGAUUCAUGUCACUUUGCAUGAUGCUUUACACACAAUGUUUGGCAAGUACAGCACAUGCAUUCUUACAGUUUGCCAAAGUAGUUGUGCCAUCAUUUGUGAUGCUGGUCAGUAUUGUCUGGUGGAUUCGCACUCGCGUAGCUGUAAUGGCAUGGUGUGCAGUGAUGGAACCAGUGUUGUUCUGUGUUUUGGUGGUCUUGAUGCCCUUGCUAAUCACAUUAGCAAUUUGGCUGCAGGGUUUGGUGGAGCAGAGAAACUUUUUGAAAUAGCUGGUGUUGUUGUGACUGUUGUGGCUGACAGGAAACGUCACUUGGAGAUGAUGACUGGUGAUGAUGGCAAAAAGUUUAAAAUGGCUGACAUUUCUAGUACAUGUGCAUCUGAUGUUGAGGUCAUCAGUGUUGUUACCACACAGCAUGCCUUUUGUCCAAUGCUUCAAAAUGACUCCAAAGAUGUGUGCCAACUUUUGAAUAUAGAUUGUGAAGUCAAAACUGUGCCUGUCAAUUUGCGUGUUGGACCCUUGGGAGCUCCCUGUAAAAAGGAGAGCAUUGUUGCUGAUGGCAACUGUUUUUUCCGUGCCAUAUCACAAGCGGUGAGUGGCACACAGAAAAAUCACAGAAAAAUUAGACUCCAUGUGGUUAAACAUAUGGAAAACCACUGUGAAGAUUAUGAGAAGCUUCUCAGGAGUGAGUACAGUUGUUUGACACAGUAUAUUAGUGUUUCCAAAAUGAAAUAUGUCAAUAGCUGGGCAACUGAGGUGGAAAUUCAGGCUGCAGCGGAUAGUUUAAGAAUAAAUAUCUUUACUUUUUACGGUGGUCGUUGGUUGAGAUAUAGCUCAACGUCAGAAUCCAGUCGUGGGAUUUAUUUGGACAACUCGAGUGGUAAUCACUACGAGUGUGUGACAUGUGUCAAUGAGGGUCAGUUAGGAAGUUGCUUUGGCAUUUGUCAGAAUGGUACAUCUCAGGUCAGUCAGUAUGGUACCAGGUCACAUCGGCAUCAAGUAAAUUGCGCUGAUAGUGAAGUAGCAGUUGGUUUGAAUGAUGUCGUUGAAACAGGCAAAGAAAAACAUCAGUCCAUGGUUCCACGUGUAAGCCCGUCCAAAUAUCUAAAAAGGAAAAGGGCCCUGGACAAAAGAUGUAAAUAUGUCGCUGACAUGAGCAUAAGGGAGACAAAGAAGGUAAUGACUAUGAAGAAUUACAGAGAACAAGCAGUCUUUAGGCAGAGAAAGAAGACGAGGAGUGUUGAAAAGUAUAGAAAUGAUGUCAUUCAUAAAAAUAGAGUUAAAACAUCUAGCAUCUAUAAGUAUAGGAAUGACAGCUUGCAUCGGGACAGGGUCAAGAUGUGUAGUGUGAGUAAGUAUAGAAGUGACAGCUUGCAUCGGGACAGGGUCAAGAUGUGUAGUGUGAGUAAGUAUAGAAGUGACAGCUUGCAUCGGGACAGGGUCAAGAUGUGUAGUGUGAGUAAGUAUAGAAGUGACAGCUUGCAUCGGGACAGGGUCAAGAUGUGUAGUGUGAGUAAGUAUAGAAGUGACAGCUUGCAUCGGGACAGGGUCAAGAUGUGUAGUGUGAGUAAGUAUAGAAGUGACAGCUUGCAUCGGGACAGGGUCAAGUUGUGUAGUGUGAGUAAGUAUAGAAGUGACAGCUUGCAUCGGGACAGGGUCAAGAUGUAUAGUGCGAGUAAGUAUAGAAGUGACAGCUUGCAUCGGGCCAGGGUCAUUAUGCAGGGCGUCAAAAAAUAUAAAAUGGAUACAAGGCACCGGGCCAGUGUCAAACUAGCCAGUAUGAAGAAAUAUCACAGUAAUUUAGAACGCAAAAUGCGUGUCAUUGCAGAUGUGAAGGCACGAAGGCAUGCUGCAAAGUUGCGAGAGGAAGAAUUUGAUGUUGUUGUUGAGAAUUUUUUAGAGAAAGUGAAGAAUGGGCCCCAGUUUGUCUGCUGUGUGUGCCAUAGGUUGAUGUUUAAACAUCAGGUCCUGCAGUGUCACAGAGAGCAUUACAGCAAAAGUGCAAGUGCUUCUCUUGUGAACACGUGCAUUAAUGAGGAUUAUUUGCACAAAUGUAGUGCAGAGUGCACGGUGCCUUGUUUGUUGUUGGAGUCUGGUAGAGGGCAGUUGUGGGUUUGCUACACUUGCCAUUACAAGAUUAGCAAAGGGGAAUUCCCACCUGAAUGUGUGGCAAAUAAUUUGGGGGUGGACCCGAUUCCUCCUGAGCUGGCUUGCUUAAACAGCUUAGAGCAACACUUAAUUGCACUAAAUAUCCCCUUCAUGAAAAUGCUAGCUUUGCCUAAAGGGGGGCAAAAUGGUGUCCAUGGGCCUGUGACUUGUGUUCCGGCCAAUGUUGUAGAAACGACAAAUUUGUUGCCACGGUCCAAUAUGGAAGGCUCUAUGCUCCGUGUCAAACUCAAAAGGAAGCUGACUUACAAAGGACACUACGAGUACCAUUUUGUUGACAGCAUGCACAUUCGUGAAGCCUUGAGGUAUCUGAAAGAGUCUAAUGUGCAUUAUGAAGAUAUAGAGUACAACGAGGAGUGGGUCAAUGACUUUUGUAGGGAACCUGAUGCCUCUCAGGUGGAGGACAGUGUUCCUGCAGUAGAUGUCACACCGCCUCUAGAUGCAGAAGAUGAGCUUCUUCAUGAUAGACAGCAACACUGCAUGUUUCAGGACACAUGUUUAAUGCCAGUUGACAUUGGUCAGGAAGCGCUAGAUCAGUAUUAUGACAAUAUAUUGAAUGUGGCUCCGGCAGAAGGCAAUAAUCCUGUGAGGUUGCUUUCUGACCAUUCGAAUGAAGCUAAAUGUUUCCCAGUGUUGUUUCCACGCGGCCGUUUCACGUUUCAUGACACUCGACAAUAUAGGCUGACGGCGUCGCGAUAUUUCAAUAAUCGUAUCAUGCAUGCUGAUAAGCGGUUUGGGCAGAAUGUGGAAUACAUAUUCUAUGCUCAGUACUUGUGUGAACUUGUGCAGGUGGUGUCGAGCAUUUCCAUUGCUUUACGCAAAGGAAUUGCUGGUUUGGUGGCAAAAAUGGCCAAGGAUUUGUUGACCAACGAUGAGUCGUUAAAGACAUUGUUGGAAUGUGACCAGGGCUAUCGUUUUCUGAAGCCCAUCAGAGGUACUCCAGCCUUUUGGCAGAGUACGCAGCGCGAUAUUUUGGCUUGUGUGCGUCAGCUUGGUGUUCCCACGUGGUUUUGCUCUUUUUCGUCUGCUGAUUUACGGUGGCAAAACUUGGUAGACUGUGUUUUGAGGCAAGAGGGUAGAACGCAAACGGCUGCAGAGUUGGAGUGGGCUGACAGGUGUGAUUUGUUGAGACGGAAUCCUGUGACUGCUGCACGGAUGUUUGAUUUCCGGUGGCAUGUCUUUCUCAGAGAGGUGAUAAUGUCUUCGAGCCAACCGAUUGGCAAAGUUGUAGACUAUUUUUACCGGGUGGAAUUUCAGCAGCGUGGUUCCCCGCAUGUACAUUGUUUGUUCUGGGUCGAGAAUGCCCCACGUAUUGAAGUGAACUCAGAUGAAGAAGUCACAAAGUUUAUUGAUAGAUAUGUUACUUGUGAAUUGCAGCCACAGGAUGAAGGAUUGACAGAGACAGUGUCUUCCGUACAGCAGCAUUCUAAGAGACACUCUAAAACGUGCAAAAAGAAAAACACAGUGUGUCGUUUCGGUUUUCCCAAACCUGUGUCAGGACGAACAUUUAUUAGCCAUCAGUUUGACGGACAGGGACAAAAAACAUGCACUUGUCAGGUUAGCCAAUCAACCGGUGUUAAAACAUGCACAUGUCCAAAAGCAUCCCAAAAUGCCGUAAACAUGAAAGCAGAAGAGGCGUCGGAAAUCAUAAAAUCCAUUAAAACAGCCCUGGCUGACGAGAACCACGCAUAUCAAAGCGUGGAACAUUUGUUCCAUAGUCUCGGUAUAACACAAAAUACUUUUGAGGCCGCACAUCGCCGCUUGGGUCGUCGUACGGAAGUCAUAAUGAAGCGUCAAAUCAAUGAGGUUUGGAUCAAUCCAUACAGCAAACCUCUGCUUAAAUGCUGGAAUGCUAAUAUGGACAUCCAGUAUGUCGUUGAUGCGUAUGCGUGCGUGGUUUAUAUAAUCUCGUAUAUUUCCAAAGCUGAGAGGGAGAUUGGAUUGCUGCUGAGUAAUGCCCAGAAAGAAGCAUCCAAACAGGCAAACGUCAGUGCCAAAGAGGCCUUAAAAAGUCUUGGCAGUGUGUACCUGCACAAUAGAGACGUGUGUGCACAAGAGGCCGUUUACCGGGUGACAAAUAUGCAUCUUAAGGAAUGCUCGCGCAAAGUAGUUUUUGUUCCAACAGGGGACAAUGUGGUCAAAAUGAGUUUGCCUGUGAGUGUUUUGCGUCAAAAAGCUUCAUCGGCCGAAUUAACAACGGAAGACAUGUGGAUGACCAGCAUUGUCGACCGUUAUAAAAACAGACCAAACGACGACACGUUUAAUGACAUGUGCUUGGCACAAUUUGCUUCGGAAUACCGCAUCAUUAGCAAAAACGAAAGGUCGGCAUCCAAAAUAGAACUUAAAAACAACUACGGACAUGUGACAAAACGUACACGGACCAAACCUGCCGUCGUACGCUCUGCGCGCUUUUCAGAAACCAAAAACCCAGAGUUGUAUUAUCGUAGCCUUUUGCAGUUGUAUCUGCCAUACCGAGUGGAUUUGCAGUUAAGACCUGCCAACUGCCCAACAUUUGAAGAAUUUUAUGACAAUGGUGCGGUCCGAUUAAAUGAUGGGUCGAUGCAUUCUGUUCGAUCCAUAGUGGAAACAAAUAAACAACAUUUCGACAGCGACGGGGAUGAACUGGACAGCAUCCAAAGAUCUAUUGAUCACAGCGGUGUUGCUGAGGAUGCGUGGUGUCUGCUGUGUCCAGAGCAAGAAUUGGAAAGGCUACAAUGCGAAGAAGAACGCCGGAAAAAACAACAGUUGGUCGAAGAAGAGGCAGAAGUAAUACCUGACUUGGCAAAUGAAAAUAGAACCGCUCUAAACUUACAAAAGCAAAAGUCAAUGAGUCGAAAUGAUGGCUUGGCAUUAAUCCGCUCCCUAAAUAAUACUCAAAUGGACAUUUUUUACAAAAUUAGACAGUGGUGCCUUGAUAAAGUAGGUGGGAGAAAACCCGAGCCUUUACACUUAUUCAUCACAGGUGGUGCCGGGACAGGAAAAAGCCACCUAAUUAAAGCCAUCCAAUAUGAGGCUACCAGGUUGUUGUCAACAAUGUGUCGGCAACCGGACAAUAUUUCUGUCUGUCUAGCUGCACCAACAGGGAUUGCUGCUUACAAUUUGAAUGCCACAACAAUACACAGCACAUUGAGCAUCGGCAAGGAUACCCGUUUGCCUUACACACCACUGGGUGAGGAAACGGUGAAUUCCUUGCGUGCCAAGUUCGCGGACCUCCAAAUUUUGAUUAUCGAUGAAAUAUCGAUGGUUGAUCACAAGUUGUUGACGUACAUUCAUGGUAGGCUCCGACAAAUUAAGCAAACCGGUGACUAUGCUGCAUUUGGCAACGUCAGCAUCAUCGCAGUCGGUGAUUUUUACCAGUUACCGCCAGUCAAAGGAAAGCCUCUUUAUGUCGAAGACGCCACUUUCAACUUGUGGGCAAAUCUUUUCAGUGUUGUCGAACUGACAACGAUAGUCCGGCAAAAAGAUAAUCAGUUUGCAGCAUUGCUAAAUAGACUCCGCAAACAUCCAAAAGGCGCGGCGUUGUUGGAAACAGACAUAGAACUUUUGAAACAGCGCGAAACGGGUGAGGUCAGCUCCGCGUUACAUGUGUUUCCAACCAAUCAACAAGUAAACGAAUACAAUCUAAAACAGCUUUUCAGGAUCUGUCCGGAGUACACGACGAUAAAAGCUGAGGAUUUCAGCCAAAACAAAAAAUCCGGUAAAUUAGAAAGAAAAGUAGGGCACCACAGCAAAGUUUACAACACGUGUUUAGAGGAAACUCUGCACAUCGCUAAAGAUGCACGUGUAAUGCUUUGCAAAAACAUCGAUAUUGACGACGGCUUAGUUAACGGGGUUAGUGGCACUGUCUCUGAUGUUCUUUUCCAAAAGGAUGACACAUUUCCGAGUAAGAUCUAUAUAAAGUUUGAUGAUGCCAAAGUAGGUCAACAAAGGCGCGCACAAACUGCUGAGUCUGUCACGCUAAAAGACAGUACAUUUAUUCUGCCAGAGGAAGAAAAAGUAACUAAAAGUGGUGGCAUGCGUCGCCAGUUCCCUCUGAAGCUCGCUUGGGCUUGCACGGUACAUAAAGUCCAGGGUGUUACCGUGAGCAAUGUAGUUGUGUCUCUAGACAGGGUGUUUUCCGCAGGGCAGGCGUAUGUUGCAUUGAGUCGGGUCACAGCUUUAGACGGUUUGAUUAUUGAAAAGUUUAAUGCCGAAAAGAUUUACUGUAAUGAUGCCAUUAAGAAUGCUGUAGGUAGGAUGCCAGCAUUUUUGACAGAAAGUGAACCAACACAAACAAAUGUACAACCACCACAUUUCACAAUUUAUUUGAUGAAUGUCCAAAAUUUGACAAAACAUGCGUCAGAUUUGGCAGCAUGUACACAGCACCUGCAGCCUAACUGCAUCGCUGUGACAGAAACGUGGCUGCCAACGGCAUGUACACCCAGCAGUGUAACCAUUCCUGGGUAUCAUUUCCAUAGCCAACCACGAUGUUUGUCUUACUCCAGCAGUAACCCUGCUUUGGUAGAAUUACAAGGGCAACAGCAUGGCGGAGUUGGCAUGUACAUUGCAGACCACCUGCACUGUAGUGUUGUCUCCGCCCCAAACUUCAACUUGGAAGUUUUACUGGUGAACUGCUCCUCACCCAGUGUGUUAAUAGCAGUUGUGUAUCGACCACCCUCCUAUCCAAUGGCGUUGUUUCAAGGUCACCUUGGCACGCUGCUGGAUUGGUUGCACCAGGAGUACGCCAGCAUUGUCGUACUGGGAGAUUUUAAUGAAAAUUUGUUAAAAUCUUCCACUAUCAGCACAUUCAUGGCUAGGAAAGGGUUCUGCCAGUCAGUCAAACAUCCUACCACAGAAAAGGGUACACUAAUUGACCAUGUAUAUGUCAAAACAUCACACUUUGAUGUAGAAUCGGUUGUGAUGCCCACUUAUUUCAGUGAUCAUGAAGGGAUUUUGUGCUCUUUUAAACACUAAAUUUAAAACGCACACACACGCACAUACACAUUCCACUUCAGCGUUCUUCUGGCAGUCUUAUGGUGUAAGUGUAGUGUAUAGUGUAAAAUAGGUUUAGGUUCAACCAGUGGACAAUUUACAAUCCACGAGUUUACUUGCCCACGAGAACGGUGGAUUGUAUUUGUCAAUCACUGAAUGAACGUGUAAGUGUAGUGUAUAGUGUAAAAUAGGUUUAGGUUCAACCAGUGGACAAUUUACAAUCCACGAGUUUACUUGCCCACGAGAACGGUGGAUUGUAUUUGUCAAUCACGGACUAAAAGUGAAAUCACUGGUCAUAGUUAAGAUCCCAGUUUCUGUCAAACCAGUAAAUUAACAUGUAAAUAUUGUAAACAUGUAAAUAUUGUAAACAUGUAAAUAUUGUAAACAUGUAAAUAUUGUAACAUCUGCUUGUAUUUUAAAUAAUGUAAAUAUGUAUAUAUGUAAAUAUGUAUAUAUGUAAAUAUGUAUAUAUGUAAAUAUGUAAAUGUGUAUAUAUGUAAAUAGUACCUGAUGAAAUGAUCCCAGUGCUGCCUCACUCACCUGUCCUCUUGUCUUGAUAGUUACCGCCUGUCUGCCUUAAAGUUAAAUACUAAAGGGAUUCAAACCUUUUUCAACAGUUAUUUUUCUAACCAAAUUGUAUUAGUCAAUCACGGCCGCAAAAUUCAACCACUGCCCAAAAUUAAGAAUCAAAGGGAUUAAAACUAAGACUUUUCUGAACACGUUGGUAUUUUUCUAACCAGUGGACAUUUUCCAAUCCGCGAGUUUACUCUUCCGAGAACGGUGGAUUGUGUUUGUCAAUCACUGGCGAAAAAUACGUUUUUUCAGACACGGUAAUGCAAACAAUGAGGGCAAUGUAAAUAUGUAAAUGAAUAUGUAAAUAUGUAAAUAUGUAAAUAUGUAAAUAUGUAAAUAUGUAAAUAUGUAAAUAUGUAAAUAUGUAAAAAUGUAAAAAUGUAAAAAUGUAAAUAUGUGAAUGUAUAUUGUGACUAACCUCUGCUCUUGUCUUUCCAGUUGCCGGCUGUCUUCAGUUCCACGCACAUGAUCUUUAUAUUAAACAUAGUAGCAGUAGAAGUACAUGCGUAGAUUUAACAUAGUAGCAGUAGAAUAGCAUAGAAGUAAAACUAAUCCCAUAAGUGCAUCAUACCAACUAUUAUAAUAGCAAUGUAGUCGUUUGCAUGCAUGUGAGUUUUCAUCAACAGGACAAGACCCCUCUGACGGUGUGAGUGUCCUCUGACAACUGCUGCAUGUGUGAAUGCUGGCUGCUUCCAGAGGAGCUCCCACCGUUGCACCUUGACAUCCACCCAUUGAUGACUAGAUAGGAUACUGGUGAUUCCGGGAACUGGUCAUCGUGGGACUGCAACUGCUGAUCCUUACCUCCACCCAUUCUUAAUCCUCUGUCCUUUCUUCACCACUGUCUACCUACCAUCUCUCCAUGUCAUCCCUCUCAACCCAACCGGUCGAGACAGAAGGCCGCCCCAUAGAGCCUGGGUUCUGUCCAAGGUUUCUCAAAGAGUUUUUCCUUGCCUCCGUUGCCAAGUGCUUGCUCGUGUGGGGUUCAGUUGGUUCUCUUUCUAGAUAGCUUCCAUAUGAUGAUUAGAAUUGGCACUAAAUAAAAUAAAUUGGCUUGACAUAACUGCUUUUGUCAUUUCUGCAUGUUUAGUACAUAAGCCCACACGUGUUCAUUCAUAGUUUAGACAAUCUACAAUGUCAACUUGGUCUCUGCUGCUAUCCUGCAAAACAC